AUGAUAAUUAUUUUGCUACUUUUUUAUGUCUAAGCCGGACACAUUUACUCUGGUGGUCUUACCAUUACAAAUCCUAUUGCAACUAAAGCUACAUAGUUUCGUCUAUAAUUUGCACUUGAAAGUGGGAUACAUCCUGAUGAAUAUCUCAAAAUUCAAUUUCCCUUCCCUCUACAUACAGGCUCUAUUUAAGCUAAACUGUAGACUAUCACUACUUCAUCUGAUGGAUCUUUCGGAGAUUGGGAUUUAGGUUAAUUAGGAGAAGAUAAUACUAUUAAUUUUGAAGAUCUAGCUGAAACAUCUAGUUUAGGUAAUACUGAUAAUACUUACUAUUUUACAUUUAAUCAAAUCAUCAAUCCUAAAACUUGGUAUGUCAUUAUACUCUACGCAAAUAAUCCUUCUGUUUAAACAUCAGGUUAUAAAAAUCCAGUUAAAUUCUGGAGUGUCUCAUCUUUCCAUUCUUAAUCUAUUAUUUACGAUGAAAAUCCUGCCUUUGCUCAAAUUGCACUCUAAGCAUUACCACCUUAAUCAUUAAAAUUAGAACUUACUUAUGAACCAGCUAAAAUUGGACUCUCUCAACAUGUCACUAUUUAAAUUACACCAACUGUCACCAUUGGAUAAAAGUCUUAAUUUCUAGUUGAAAUUGAUUCCAAUUAUAAAUUCUUAAUGAUUGAUGAAUUAAUUGAAUGUGAAAUUACUUCAGGUUGUUCAUGUACAAUAAUGUCAACAUACUAAUUGAAUAUUUAAUGUAGUAUUGAUUUAGCAAAGGAAGGUUCUUCUACAACAAUUACAACUAAUAUAGAGAAUAGUAAAAUAUUAUUAAGUGCCACAUAAUCUACAGCCAUAACAGUUUAUUCAGUUGUUGGAAAUGCUUAUCUUGAAUAUGGUUUAAAGAAAGAUUAAAUAAAAUUGACAAAAUUAUCUUUGACAGUAGAUAUUUUUUUACUUUGGGGUGUACCAAUGGAUGAUUAAUUAAUAACUCUAUAUAAACCAGUCGCUGGAUCUGUAGGUUAUCCAUUUAAUAGCGUUAAAAUUUAAUUUUCAUUAAAUUCUCCUUCUCCACCUUCAGAACAAUUAGUCACUAUCACUACUGGAGAUGCAGAUGCAGUUUUAUAAAAUUCAAUAGCACACAAUAUGGGUUCAGAUGUUAAAUGUUAUUUUAGAAAAAGUGAAUAAUAAAUAUAUUGCAAAUAUGUAAGUUCCUUAAAGGAUAACUUCAAUUAUUUUGUUUCAUUUAAGUGUGCAUUUACUUCUACAGCAUCAUCAACAUAAACAAAUUUUGGUAGAGUAACAAUAAAAUCAGUAACAAGAUUAACUAAGCCUUAUAAAACAUAUUUUUUAGCUGGGCCAACAGGGAAAAACAUCAAAGUAUAAACAAGUUAAGAAUUUAUUGAUCCUGCAGCAUAAGGUGUAACUAAUUGGGGUAACAAUUUCGUUUCAUAUGGUGAUAAUACAACAACAUUUGGAUCAGCAUAUUCAAUAGCUAAUACAAAAACAGUAGGUUUAAAACUUGGUUCAUAAAGAAUAAUAUUUUAUGUAAAAGUGUUACCAAAUCAGAUGUGUUCAUCUUCAUAUUCUUAUUGUAGUGCUGGAUAAUAACCUGAACUAUUUAUGAAAAUUUUCUUCAACAAAGAAAACAUUAAAGUUGAUGAGAAUACAAUAACAAUAGAAUAAUCAAGUUCAUGUACAUAAUGUACCUCAGGUUUAAGGUACUAUAAUGAUAAGGAUGUAUAUAUGUUAAUGAAAUGUUCUAAAAGUUAUAAUACUUGCACAUAAUUAUUUAAUGGAGGUAAAGGAUUUGGUUUUGCAGGUGAAAUAUAAAAAUAUCCAUCUUUAUAUCCAUCAGAUAAUUUGUUAGAUUUUAUAGUAGCAUUCUAUUAGGCUCCAACAGGUUCUUCAGAAUCAAUGGCUAUAUUAGUUAGUUAAUAAUUAAUACAUGGUUAUGUGAUAGGAACAGAUGCAAGAACAUUAUCAGCUUCAUAUGUAAAUUAUAUAACAGCAGGAGCAGGAGCAGGUACAAUAACAGGAUAGAAUAAAGGUGAAAAGAUUCCAACAUUUUUAAGAUUGUUAGGAUAAGUAACAUAACCUAGUGAACAUGUAGGAAUAUUUUUAGAUGGAUCUGUAGAGACAGUUUUGAUAGAUUCAAUUCAACUUAAAGAAGAGAAUGAUGAUUUAGGUACAAGUACAACAAGCAAGAAAUUAUGUUCGAUAGAAAAUUGUAUUUGGUAUGGACAUAGAGGAUCUGGUACUACACAUACAUAUUCAGAUGUAUACAGUAAUCAAAGGAUGAUAUUAUUAAAAGAUUUUGCAGGAUCAAGUGCUUUUGAUUUAAUAAUUGGAUUACGUAAUUAUGGAAUAAAACCAGAAUCAAUAGUUGUAGGAUCCUUAUAAUUAAAUAAAGAUAAUAAUGGAUUUGAUGUAGUUUAUAUAGAAAGGAUAUUUGGAGGAGCAUGGUUUAUUAGUAAUAUGGCUAGUGGAAAUACGUAUUAUAAAAGUUUUGGACUUCAAUUUCCAUCAAGUAAUUGGGAUAACAAUAAUGAUUGGAAUUCUUUAUAAGGUGCUGGUAAUGUUGUUGCAACUUAUAAAAUUAAUGAUAUAACUAAAAUUAAACCAGGUAGUACAAUAGAAUUAACUAUAUCAACAUAACAUAAUGAUGCUAGUAAUAUAGUUAAUACCAAUAGUGCUUAAUUAUGGGGAAGUGGAUUUUUAAUGUCAAAUGCUUUACAUUUUACACCAACUACUUGGUCAGGUGGUAAAUGUAUCAAGGCUCAAGAUAUUUUAUUUUGUCCAUAUGAUUUAGCUGAUUAUAUCGAAAUAUCUGGAAUACUUACAGGAUAAUUUAUUGUACCUACUAAAUGGGGCGCAGGAACAAUCUUAUCAGAUUUUAAAUAUGCUUUUUCUAACAGUCCUGGAAAUAUGGUAGCAUUCAAAAAUGAAAUUUAAUCAACCUAAGCUGAUGCUUUUAUUUCAACCUGUACUAUUACUGAUUGGGUACCCAUCUAUCCUAAUAGUAAAGUUUAAGAAUAAAGUAUCACUUUUAAAACUACCUUAAAUUAUUAAUUUGCCUUAAAUUCAAUUUUCUUUAUUAUUUUAGAAUUAAGUGCUUUACCUAAUGGACUUAGUAUUGAUUCAUUUUGUAUUUAUUAAAACAGAAAUCUAUUUAUUUCAUGUAAUGUUAUAAGUAGUGGUAAUAUAAUUAAAUUUAAAUCUAAGAUUAUUGCCACAGAUGAUAAUAGUGAUUAUUAUCUAUUAUAAGAUUCUCUCUAAAUUGUUUUUUAUGUCACUCAUUCUGGAUUAGAUACUGAUUAACAAUCUUUUCAAGCUAAACUUACUUACAAUACUGAUACCAAUAUAAUAGAAUAAUGUUCAACUGAUGGAUAAUUAACUUUUUCAGAUUUGACUUUAUCCAAAAAUCUAAUUAUGUUAGACUUUUAAUUAGAAAAUUUAUAUUCAAAUAGUAAAUCUAUUAUGUCGAUGAAAUUUUAAAUUAAUAAUAGAGCUAAUCUGCUAUUUCAUUAAUGCAUGUAAUUGCAAUUAGGAUUUAUGACUUCAACUAAUAUGCAAUUAUUAUCAGCAUAAAAUCAUAGAUGUUUAUUAUAUAAUGAUGAUGGAUCACUCAAUCAUCAUUGGUAAUCUCUUAAAUAUGAUCCCUCUAAUAGAUAAUUAAUCUUUGAAUUAAAACCCUUAUAUUAUUCUUCAGUUUAAUUAUACCAAAUUAAAUGCACCAAUAUUAAAAAUCCAGAUGGUUCGAAUACUGAAGACUUGAUUCUUACUUGGGCAUAUUAUGAUUCUACUAUUGAUAAUAAAUAUACAGGAUUAUAAUCUGCUAAUAUUUAAUAUAGUACCAUCAAAUUAAUUUCAGAAAAAAGCUACACUACUACUCCUAAAUUAAUUAAGUUACUUAAUGCAGCAGGUAUUGGAGCUUACUAUUAAUUCUAAUUCAUACCAUCAAGAACCAAUAUGACUUAUUCUGACUAAAUCUAUGUAGAAUUAUCUACUGGAUAAAUUGUUAGACCUUAACAUCUAUAUUGUUCAAUUAAUGAUAUUAAUGUAGAUUGUUCUAUGAAUUAAAGAAGAAUCAUAUUGUUCCCUUAAUAAUCAUUCUAUACUCGUAUGAAUCCAAAUAGAUUGUAUAAUAUUAGUAUUGGACCUAUUAUCUAACCAAAAUCUUUAGAUGGCUUUGGUAAAAUUUGGAUAGGUUCCUUAUUAUCAAACAAUUAGAACACUUUUUCUGAACAUAUCUAUAUUAAUGAUCUACCUAUUUAAACAACUCUUCCUAGAUUAUUGCCAUUUGCAAGUAUUUAGUUUUCACAAUACAUAUCAAGAAUCAAUAAAGUAUAUUUAAGAGUUAAUUUCACAGCUCCAAUAAGAACUAUUAAUUUUGAUAAAUGUAUCAUUAUAUAAUUGGGAGAAGAAUUUAGAAUUCCUUUAAAAAGAGUUACUAAUCUCACUUUUGAAUGUAGAUUGUAUCGUAUGAAUGAUAAUACGAAAACGAAUUUGACAAAUUCUUGCACAUUUAUGAGAGAAUAACUAAUAAAAAUAAAUCUGAUAUAUGAUCCAGUAAAUUCAAGAUAAUAAUAAUAAUAUUAAUUGGAAAUUCGAUCUUUGAUCACUCCAGAUUUGGUCUCCUUGAAUAAUCUAUAACAAUAUUUUCCAUAUGAAGUAUAAUUCUAUAUAACAGAUUUAAAUUUGUAAUAAAUCAAUUUUAUUGCACCCCCUUGCAUUUAAUAUCUGCCAACCUAACUGAUAUUCAAAUAAUAAGAAAACUAAUAAUAAUUUUAAUGGUAUAUUUAUAAUAAAGAGGACAACUCAUAUUAAAAAUUGAUUCCUUUGAUAGGAUAAACUUAAUAUCCUACGUUUACUAUCUACAAAGGAAUAAUGGAAUAGAAUAUUUUUUUAUUUUUGGGUUUAAGUACUGCAUAAACUUAAUUUGAUAGAUAAGUCAAUAUAAGUAUUAGUUAGAAUGUCAUAAACAUUUUCGGUACAAAUGAGAUAAUUUCUAAUACUUAUAAGUACAAUAACUUGGGAAUAGAAUAUGUCUAAUUAGUAGAUCCAAAUUUAGAGGAAGAUGCAGCUAAAGAGACUUAUUAGAUCAGAUAGCUUUUAACAAAUACAAUGACAAUUGAGAUAGGUGAUUUUGGAUAUUAUUUUCACAUUUCAUCAAAGGCAGAUAUUGGAAGUGGAAUAUAUUAUCUAAAUUUUGAUAGAGAGAUUACAAAUAAGAGAAUGACAAAAAAGGAAUCAAUAAGUGUUGACACUUACACAACUAUAGAUUAUUUUUCUAUAAUUCCUACAAUAGCAUUAUAAAUUGACACAUAAAAAAAAUGCCAUAUAACUGUCAGUAUAUCAAGUGAUAAAAUACCAUUAGAAGGGAAAUCAUAACCGAUUCAUUUAUCAACAACGUGUAUUCCAACUUCAGAGUUGUAUAUUCAACCUUAAGUAAAGGAUCCCAUCAUUACUCCUGCUCCUAUUGUAAUGAGUAUUAAAUAAAGAUAAUAAUUUAUUUCUGGCAAUCCAAGAGAAAUGUUAAAUUAUUAUUUUUAAUUAGAUGCAUCAAGCUCAGGGUCAGCUGGUGAUGAAAUCAAUGUUACAUUUAUAUUAACAGGAUAAGAAGCUAAUAUUUUUACAAUUGAUUCCUUUUCUUUGUAAGUUGUCAAAAAUAUUAAUCCUGAAGAAUUAGUUAUUAAUUCUACUAUUGAUGCUAAUGCAACUUAAGUUACUGUUAAUUGUUCAAUGGAUGGAUAAUUAUUAUGGACUAUAUGUCCUAAAAGUACUCUUACUAAUACAUUCAAUAUUUAUAAUAAUAGAUAAUUUGUUAUUUCAGAACUUUCAAUUGAAGUUAACCUUUAUAAAUAUAGGUUAUUUCAAUAUUUGAAUCCUCUAAAUUAAUAUCUUUAGUUUUAUCAACAAAAUGAAAAUAGCGUUGAACCAAUUUAAUAAUCUUCUUUAUAUUCCAGAUAAAUCUUAUAUGGAAUUAUAGGUGAGGAUAAAUUAAAUUAUAUGACGAGUAUUUUAAAAAACUCAAAUAAAGUUUUAAAAUUAAGUAAAGUUGAAUAAGAUAUGCAAAUAUAAAUUGCCUGUAGAAAUUAAUAUGGCAAAGUUUCAAAUGUUAUAACUCAUGAUUUAUCUAAAUCCAAUAAUCUUAUCACUAAAAACCAUUCUUUAAUUAUUUUACAAUUCUAAAGAUAAAUCUCUAACAAUUAAGUCAAUAAUCUUAUUUGUAGUAUUAAAGAACUUCUAUUUCUUAAUGCUCAUCAUGUUACAGAUAUACAAUGCCAAAUAUGUAAUCUUAAUUUACUUUAUUACAAUAAGAAAUCAUGGUCUGAUGUUCUUAGUUUAAAUGAAUCAUAUGAAGGUAUCUUGAAUACAACCUUAGUUGAAUCAGAUACAAAUAUCAAAUAUUAUUUCUAUCUAAACAACUAUUUAACAUCAUAAAAUUUUGAUGUAAUAACAAAAACUUAUUAAAUCAUUAAUAAAUUAGGAAAUGACACUUCAACUACUUAAUAACUUGCAAAGAAAAUUACUAAUACUACUUCAGAUCCAGAAAUAUCUUAUCUACUACGUUCAAUAUCUAUUGUUAAUUAUACUGAAAGUAGUUAUUCUGUAGCCUAAAAUUAAAUAAGUAUUGAAGCAAACAUGACUCAAAAUUAAAUCAACAUCAAUAUUACAAACAAUAACAAAAAUACUGUUGUAUUUAUUGGAAUAUAAAAAUUCAUAUCUCAACUAGAUUUUUCGUCUCCUAUUAAUUUACGACGUGGUCUUACAGGAAAUGGCAUUAAAUUAGAAUAAUUUGUGUUACUUCAAAAUGGAGAAUCAAAUUAUCAAUUUAACAUAAAACCUUACAAUACAACUUCAUUUAAAUACUUCUUCCAAUGGUCAAGUGCACCUAUAAAUGCUAACUGUCUUUCAUAGUAAUACCAAGACACUCAACUAAUAAUUUUAGAAUAUAAUAAACCAGAAGAGUCUAAUUCUUAUUUCAUAAGAGUUAUAAUAUUCAUUACAUUAAUUUUAUAAUGA